AGUGAGGACUACACCCAAGAGCCUGGUCGGUUGCAGCGGCUUCUUUCCGUUGCCCAGACUAGAAGAAAGCCGGGACGUGACGAAGUCGGGGGAGUUACUUGCUUGCUGGAGGCCCGUUAAACCAUUGAUAAAUACAGCUUUCCUCUCAGUGUCUUCGUCGCCCGAGAGACGUUUGUACCCCAGCUCGAUCUUGUCAUCCUAGAACUCAUUCUUGAAAAAUGUCCUGGCAAAGCUACGUGGACAACCUGAUGGCUGAUGGCAGCUGCCAGGACGCGGCCAUUGUUGGGUAUACGGACGCCAAAUACGUCUGGGCAUCGCAUGGCGACGGUACAUUUGCCAACGUAACGCCUGAAGAAAUUGAUGUGUUAAUAGGAAAGGACAGAGAGGGAUUCUUCACCAGUGGGAUGACCUUAGGCAAUAAGAAGUGCUCCGUUAUCAGAGACAGCCUCAACAUCGAUGGUGACUGGACAAUGGACAUCCGGACAAAGAGUCAAGGAGGAGAGCCAACAUACAACGUUUCUGUAGGCAAAGCCGGCAAAGCAAUGGUUUUUGUCAUGGGGAAUGAAGGUAUCCAUGGAGGGCAGCUCAACAAGAAAGCAUAUACGAUGGCUGAUUACCUGAGGAAAUCCGGAUACUAAAGCAACCUGUACCCAGCCACCUAGCAGCUCACCCUUACCACCCUGUUGCAUUUCACACCACUUCCAGUCCUAGUUGGUAGAUUUGUUUUGUUUCUCUUCUGCUUCUUCUCUCCUAUUUGUUAUCCCCCCCCCCCUUUUUUGUCAUCUACCCCUAACCUUCCCCCUCCUCAAUACACUUGCUUUUCUGUUUUUUUUCCCUCUCUACCCCUUAAAGCACUAUUAUUAUUUUUUUUGAUGGCAAAUGAUUAGCAUGUUCCUCACAGGUUGUCAUGACAGAUCUGCUCUUGACAAAGACCAGCAAAACAAAAUUCUGGCCAGACACCCGGACAGUGAAAGCGAUGGCGUCAAUUUAAAUAGUUUUCUCUUUGCGUCAUGGUGCCCAUAACAUGAACCCCAUCAUACACAGUCCCUCCCAGAGCAGCCAACGCCCUUUUGGAGCACUUGAGCACUAACAAAGCUCAUCAUGUCUUCCUCGGUUGUCUCCUCUGCCCCCCCCACCCCAGUGUGUCCAGGAGGGGAGACUGCAUGCAUAUCUGUCAACUCUGGUUCCCCUCCACAUAACCCACCCACCCAACACACACUCCUGCCAAAAACGUUUUUUUUUUUUCUCCCCCGUUUUACCCCGCCCUGUUUGACCCACACAGGUAACACUACAAGACUCUUCUCCUCACUACUCGUGUCCUCUAGCCUCCCCUCUCCCUUCAGACUCGCCACUCUGUCCUGAGUAUGUUAUUGGGCAGAAUGUGGUAGUGGUCCACAUGCUGGUAGCCUCUCCUCCCACCAUCACAGCCUCCCCAGCUGCACCUAAACCCAUGGACAUUCCACAGUAAUAACGGCUCAGGCACUUAAAUCUGUUUUUGUUUGUCAAUUUUUUUUUAUUUUUAUUUUUUAAAGGCUGCCAUUGUUUUUGGACCGUAGAUAACCCAGCAUAUAACCUCCCUGGAGUAUGUCCAGUUUAUUUUCUUUCUUUUUUUAAUAGGACCAAGUGUAGUUGAAGCUCUGGUGUUAAUGCAUUUGUUCUAAACCAUGUGAAGGAUGACUGCUAACUUUGUUUUUUUGUUUUCCAAUGAAGGAAACACUCAGCAGACGGUAAUACAUGCAUAGCAUGGUUAAAAUACAUGAAGCUACAGGGGGAGGUAAGGGUGGGAGUAUCUGAAGAAUAUUCUCAUAGUUUUUUUUCCUUUUUGUUAGAAAACAAACUGCAUUUGUACAAACCCAUGCUGCAUUGACAACUACAAAACUGUGGAAUAAAUUGCCUUCUACUCUAUAGUCGUCUGAGCUCUGGGGUAUCACAUGGUCUGUCUACGGUCAGUACUGCUAACUGUAACGUCCAACUGAGAAAAAAAAAAAAAACACUUUAAAAGUAGAAAUGACACUCGAUGGUAUUGGUUGGAAACAAAGAUGGUUGUUGAAAUUUCUGCAGAACCUGUGUAUCCUGUGCCAUAAUGUAGAGAGAUCUGUUGCUGUUGUAAGAUGGAUUUUACCCACUGUCCACUAAAGUAAUUUCAUUGGCACUUUUUUUUUUUUUUUUUGCUUCAGCUCCACUGUUUAGGCCUUGUGGGAUAUGUGUACUCAUUAAAAAAAAUCCUGUUUGAAGUCCUGUUUGCUGAUUUAUGUUAAUUUACUUUUCCUCACCACUUUUUUUUUUCUCACAUUGGGGAUUUGAUUUCAUAUGCAUAAAACCAAGAAAUGCCAUAAAUUGAUUUAUCACCUUGUUUACAGACAGAUCAAAUAAAUUUAUUCCAACCAGA